UCUGAGUGUGGAGCCAGGGGCAGCGGGGCUGUCUCUGAGCUCCCAGACUUGUGUUUGAGCAAUGGAAUUCUCUCCCCCUCCCUCUCCCUUCGGGGCGGGGCCAAGCCUCCCAGGGCCAGCUAUAAACUCCCGGUAGCUUCAGUGCCCUCAGCAAGGCUCAGCCACGAGCUUCCCAGCAUCUCAGACACAGCCUAGGCCGCACCAGGAUGUCGGACACCGAGGAGCAGGAAUAUGAGGAGUGAGUGCCGCACUGGGAGGGGUUGGGGCGUGCAAUGGUGGAGAGGCUCUCCCACCCCAGGUCUAACUCUCCCCUCCCUCUUUCCCCACACCCGUCCGCAGGGAGCAGCCGGAAGAGGAGGCUGCAGAGGAGGAGGAAGCCCCCGAAGAGCCGGAGCCGGUGGCAGAGCCAGCCGCCCCGUGGUGCCUCCUUUGAUCCCGCCAAAGAUCCCCGAAGGGGAGCGUGUUGACUUCGAUGACAUCCACCGCAAGCGCAUGGAGAAAGACCUGCUGGAGCUGCAGACGCUCAUCGACGUGCAUUUUGAGCAGCGGAAGAAGGAGGAAGAGGAGCUGAUUGCCUUGAAAGAGCGCAUUGAGCGGCGCCGGUCGGAGAGAGCCGAGCAACAGCGCUUCAGAACUGAGAAGGAACGCGAACGUCAGGCUAAGCUGGCGGAGGAGAAGAUGAGGAAGGAAGAGGAAGAGGCCAAGAAGCGGGCAGAGGAUGAUGCCAAGAAAAAGAAGGUGCUGUCCAACAUGGGGGCCCAUUUCGGCGGCUACCUGGUCAAGGCAGAACAGAAGCGUGGUAAGCGGCAGACAGGGCGGGAGAUGAAGCUGCGCAUCCUGUCUGAGCGCAAGAAGCCUCUGGACAUUGACUACAUGGGGGAGGAACAGCUCCGGGAGAAAGCCCAGGAGCUGUCGAACUGGAUCCACCAGCUGGAGUCUGAGAAGUUCGACCUGAUGGCGAAGCUGAAACAGCAGAAAUAUGAGAUCAACGUGCUGUACAACCGCAUCAGCCAUGCCCAGAAGUUCCGGAAGGGGGCAGGGAAGGGCCGCGUUGGAGGCCGCUGGAAGUGAGGACGCCGCCCCGGACAGUGGCCUGCUCUUACCCACCCGGGAAGCCUGGGAGUGUCAGUCCCUUCGGUAGCUUGAAAUAAACGCUUCCCUCAGACACCU